UGGUCUGUGUGGUUUGUACCUCUUUACUUGCCGUAGUUGCGUCAUCAAAAUAAGCCGACUCUAGAAGCAUGGACAUCUCUCACUGAAACAUUUUGACCUUCUAGAAUUAUUCAUCUUCAGAAGUUGUUUCAGUUUGUCAAGUGGGGACAAUCAGGAUGUCGGCGAAGCGCGUAUCAGUCCAUGCCAAAUGGAUCAUCGGCAGAGUUAUAGGGACCAAGAUGCCCAAAACUGCCAAAGUGAGGGUCACAAGGCUGGUUUUGGACCCCUACCUGCUCAAGUACUUCAACAAGAGGAAGACAUACUUCGCCCAUGAUGCUCUGUCGCAGUGCACUGUUGGAGAUAUUGUGCUUCUUAAGGCCCUGCCUGAGGUCCGGUCGAAACACGUUAAGCAUGAACUGGCUGAGAUAGUGUAUAAAGUAGGCCGAGUAGUUGAUCCACUUACAGGCAAAAGAGUAGCAGGAACAGAGUUUUUGGAUUCUUUGGAUGACUUUCAACACAGCCUGGAAGAGGACAAGACGUUAUCUGAAAAACUGCAGGAUCUGAAUAUCUCUGCCAUGUCCAGCGGAGAUGAUUCCCCACCAGCACAAACAUCCACAUCAUGAUGCAGGACUGUAGUUGUUGUUGUAAUUGUUUUAUGCAGUUACAUCAACUUAAUGUUACUCUGCAACCAUGUGUCCUUCUGGUGUCAAUGUAAAUACAGGUUUAUAAAUAAAAUAUAAUCAAAAUAGUUGGAGAGA